AAAUUAUGGCGCCAAAUCGCUUACAAAGUAAACACAAACACGUUCACAGGCGCUUCCUAAAGUUUGGUGUAAAAUUUAGCGAAAAGUGCGUAGAAUGGAAGGUGAAAAUGGGAAUGUAGUUGCUGAAGGCAAAGAAAAUCAAGGCAAUGUUGAGGAACAAGCAUAUCUACAGCUGAUUCGCGAUAUUAUCAGCAAAGGAAGCAAACGGCUCGAUCGGACGGGCGUAGGCACUUUGUCCAUUUUCGGCAGCCAGAUGCGAUUCAGUCUUCGCGACGGAGUCAUACCGUUGUUAACAACGAAGAAGGUGUUUUUCCGAGGAGUUGCUGAAGAGCUGCUCUGGUUUAUCAAGGGCUCAACGAAUGCCAAGGAGCUGCAGGCUAAGGGAAUCCGCAUCUGGGAUGGCAACAGCACCCGAGAGUAUCUGGAUUCGUGUGGCUUUACGGAUCGCGAGGAAGGUGACUUAGGACCGGUUUACGGUUUCCAGUGGCGCCACUUUGGUGCAGCGUACAAAACAUGCCACGACGAUUACACAGGGCAGGGAAUCGAUCAGUUGGCAAAGGUGAUCGACACGAUCAAGAACAAUCCGUACGAUCGUCGUAUCAUUAUGAGCGCUUGGAAUCCUUCCGACAUUCCCAUCAUGGCAUUGCCACCGUGUCACUGUUUGGCACAGUUUUUCGUUGCUGAUGGAGAACUCUCCUGCCAGAUGUAUCAGCGAUCGGCCGAUGUUGGAUUGGGCGUGCCGUUCAACAUCGCUAGCUAUUCACUGCUGACCCACAUGAUCGCGCAUGUCACUGGACUGAAGGCAGGAGAUUUUAUUCAUACUACCGGCGAUACCCACAUCUAUCUGAAUCAUAUCGAUGCUCUUCGGGAACAAAUCGAAAGAACGCCGGGGAAAUUUCCGACCCUCGCAAUCAAGCGUAAGGUGGAGUCGAUCGAUGAUUUUACUUUUGCUGAUUUUGAAAUCAUGAAUUACAACCCCCAGUCAGCGAUAAAAAUGCAAAUGGCUGUUUAAGCAAACUCGCGCUAGUCGUUGCAUACCGUUUGUCAUUUAAAUUGCAUUCCUUUGCUUAUGCCAGCCACAAAGUUUACCUUUUUCAAUCAACUCUAUUAGUGUAGUCAUGCAAAACGUAUCAGUGUGCUGUACGAUUCUAUUAUCACUUUCUCACUUCAAUACAUAAAUAUUAUCACUUUCUUAUAGUAUUUGUUGGAGAAAAAUAUUAACACUACUGUUACCACUACCGACCGGCAAAGUCUUGGACAGUUCGUCUUUUCCGAGAGUCUGAAUAUUUCCUUUAAACAUGAGACAUUGAAGAAAGUUCAUGGCAUGUUGGCAUAAAUCCAACAGGAAAUAAAAACAAUGAAUAUAUAUGAUUUUUAACUGGACUCGAUCUCACAAAGUAUUGGCUGCAAUAGCAGAUGAAGCGGCAGUAAUUUAAAAUUAAAAAGAAAGGAAAGGAUAUGUUUAUGACUCUCUAAAUUUUAGUACGAAAGCGAUUGACUCUUUUGACUCCACUCACUGUUCACUGCUCAAAAAAUAAGAAAAAACACGAAACAUUUCGCACUUGGGACUCUUUAAUUAUCCCGCUAAUGCAAUUAACGGCCUAUACUUUCACACACUGGAAGAAUGCAUUGCCAUCAAGAUGCAACACUUAUAAAGCAAUGCAAUCAAUCGAGCCAACGAUAAUGUGUAGAAAACAUUUUCUUCUCAUCGUGCUAAACCAAAUUGUUAAGACGAGUUGUAGUGUUUGUCUCUUUUGCUACCAUAAAUAAAUAGCGGAUAACGCCAAUCAAUGUCAUUGCUACGAUAGAAGAAAAUGUAAAAAAAAAUAUUUCUGGAUUAACAUACUCAUAAUAAACACAAUAUUUUACCUUUUUGGCAUAUAAUCUGCCAUAAUUAAGUGUAAAAUUAUCGCUUAAGUCCAGGCAAUGCCAAGCAAA